AUGGGCUAAGAGACAAGCCAUAUUAGAGAAAAAAGAACCCCAAAAAUAACGACUCGACAUUGGAGCGCGUGUCAACGCGGCCAAAUAGAUGCGGUAAAUGUCGCAUGGAGGGUCCCGCCGUCAGAGACGGAGUAUCUGCGGAGGGUAGCGGCGGCUAUGAAGGCCAGAGAAGGAUGCAGACGAGGUUGGAGGGUUAUAAAGAGGGCGUGGCUUUCCAUUCUCCCCGCAGUCGCAGUCUUUCGCGAUAGCGUCACUGUGUUUCCAGGUUAUAGUACUUUGCAGUCUUGAUACCCUCCUUGUUUUACUUCUUCCCUUCGCUUCUUCUGCAAGAAUAUCGCAUUCUGAAGUCAACCGAGACACUACAGCUUUCUUGAUUACAAGAAACACAUUCAAAAUGGCGGAAAUGACCAACGGCGCUUUCAAGCACGACAACUCCCCCGUCCCCAACGUCGACCGAGUGCUGCCCCUCUUUUCGCUCAAGGGAAGAACCGCAAUUGUCUCAGGCGCCGGUGCUGGCAUUGGCCUUGCCGUUGCAGAGGCUCUUGCAGAGGCCGGCGCCAACGUUGCCAUCUGGUAUAACAGCAAUAAGCAGGCCGAGGAGUCGGCUGCAACCAUUGCCAAGACGUACGGCGUCAAGUGCAAGGCGUACCAGGUAAACGUUACCUCGGCCGAGGCCGUCGACAAAGCCGUCGCGGAGAUUGUCAAGGAAUUCGAUGGCCGCCUCGACGUCUUCGUCGCCAACUCGGGCAUCCCCUGGACCAAGGGCGCCUUCAUUGACGGCCCUGCCGACAUGGCCCGCGAUGUCAUGUCCGUCAACGUGGACGGCGUUAUGUGGUGUGCAAAGAGCGCCGGCGCUCAUUUCCGCCGCCAGAAAGAGCAGGGCACGACAAUUGACGGCAAGCCUCUCGAGAAUUACACUACUGGAAGCUUCAUUGCGACGGCCUCAAUGAGCGGCAGCAUCGUCAACAUCCCGCAGCUGCAGGCUGUCUACAACAGCUCCAAGGCGGCCGUGAUCCACUUUUGCAAGAGUUUGGCCGUCGAGUGGGUUGGAUUUGCUCGAGCCAACACCGUAUCCCCUGGAUAUAUCCUUACCGAGAUCUCUUCCUUUGCGCCUCCGGAGACAAAGAAGGCGUGGAAGGACAAGACUGUCAUGGGCCGCGAGGGUCACGCCGGAGAGCUAAAGGGCGCAUACCUGUACCUGGCGAGUGAUGCAAGCUCCUAUACAACCGGCCUUGAUAUGAUUGUCGACGGCGGCUACAGCCUACCAUAAUGGACGAUAUACAUGGAUGGGAAUAGAAUACAAUGGUUAAGGGAAAAUUCAAAAAAGAAUGGGAACUAAUGGGCAUGGUUUGCAAUAGAAAAUAGAAUUGCUGCGAAAGAUUGGCGUCUCAGUAUAAACUACUAGUAGAUCACUACGGCGAGAUGGUUAUUACCUAGGUCGAUACAAGAUGCGGGUUAAUAAAAUGGUUUUCUGCCAAUCCAAGUUUGCUUGCG